AAAGCGGAUAAAUUUGCGCAACCCGUGAAAUCCAAACAACGGCACAGCCGAGCCCCUUUGUGCUCACCGUCGUUCCACGAACUACUUGCCAUGCCAUCAUUUGCAGAGUUGAAGGAAAAGGCAACAAAGGCCAAGGAUGCUAGUGUGACCAAGAUACAAAAUACGCGAGAUAGGCACUCUAGCGUGCCUAUGAAGAAAACGAACUGGGAUCCAUAUAAUAAACAACCGCCUCCACCGCCUCCUGCUCCGCGUGCUAGUAUCUCAGCUCGCCCAUCGAUAUCUCCUCCGCCUUCUCGUUCAUCAAUAUCUCCACCUCCACAGGCCCCAGGGCGAGGAGCGCCGCCACCGCCUAUCAAGCGUUCAACACGACCACCUAUUCACAGUGCUUCAACGGGUUCACCUUCGUCCAGUGUUCCCUCGCUGCCUCCUCGAGGGUCUCCAGCACCGUCAAAUCGCUCUGCCUCUACUGAAAUGGAGAUUGAUUGGGCAAAUCUUUCGUUGGAGGAUAAACGGGUUUUCUUCAGCUGGCUGGAUGAGUUUUUCGAGAGAUCGUAUGGUAUUCCGCCGCCAUCAUAGUGAGGUCGUCUUACCUGAGUUAGAGUAAGCGUGUAUAUUAGCUGAAAUCAGAUACAUCAUUUCCUUGUAAACCUAUAAUGAAUAAUCCUUAACACCAAGAGAACCUUGGUUCGUGCACAGUACUGCACUUACAUGAAGAGUUAACCUAAAUUUGGGCUCAUCUCUAUAUGCGCCGUACUGAACAGCAGCUAGACAAAGGUUCGCGGUACCAUCAACAUACUCGAUAUUCAAU